UUUUUUUUUUUUUUAACUUACACCCUGAAAACUUUCUUCUUCAACUACUACGAUUAUUACUAUUACCUAUUUUUUUUUUUUUUGUUUAAUAUCAGUCUAUCAUCGACAUGAAGUUUUCUUUACAGGACUCUGAACAAACAGAACUUAUGCAAUUGAUAGACAAGGCGACAGAUAGUAGUUUGACAACUGAAAAUUGGACUCUUUUUAUCAGCAUAUGUCAUAAAAUCAAUCAAUCUCCACAAGCUGCUAAAACAACAAGAAAAGUGAUUCAGAAAAAGAUCCUUAGUAUGAUACCUCAAACUCAAUUAUUGACAAUUGCUUUAAUGAAAGUGAUUACGGAAAACUGCAAAUCUUUUGAUGAACAAUUAGGACAUGAAACAUUGAUUCGAUCAUUGAGGAUUAUAUGGAAUCAUCCAGAAACUUAUACCAAGGUUCGUGAACGUAUUAUUGAAUGUGUCUAUGUUUGGAUGAUCGAACUUGGAGAGUAUGAACCUGUUCAUCCAAUCAUACAAUAUUGUCACGAAAUCAACCAAAUCCGGUCAAUAGCGCCACAUAAAACAGAAGCAUGGAUAUCAACUUCGCCCUUACCAAUACAACCGCAGCAUCAUCAACAAAAUAGGACAGUUACACCAAUAUCAUUUAGUAACGCGGCAACUAAUAGAACAUCAUCUUUGUUUCGUGGAUGGAAAUUGAAACGCAGCAAUAUCAAGGAAAAACAACAAUCAUCAUCACAUAACGAAUAUCAAAUGAUCUCGGGAUGUAAACAAAUGUCGGAAAACAAUGGUGAAAAAGUCCAGGAGUGUAUAGAAGAAUCCAAAAGUACUAGUGGUUUAUUACAACAAUUAUUAUCAAAUGAACAAUCACGAACGAAUGAUCCAUUAUUGCGGGAACUUUAUCAAAAGUGUCAAGAUCUGCAGUCGAAUAUCAUGCGUUACAUAGAAACAACAACUGAUCCAGUCUAUAUAGGUACAUUGAUCGACACAAAUGUCCUUUUGUCUCAAGUAUUAGAAACAUACAAGAAAAAUGAAUCGAGCGAAACUCUACCUAAAGUUGUUAUGAUGACAGAAAAGGCAUUAGGGAAAAAGCCAAUUCGACAAAAUAGUGAUCUACGUGUUUAGAUGAAUUGAUUAGUAUAGUGAUUAUUAUUAGACUUGUCUUUGUUGUUGUAGUUUAUCAGUCUUUCUCUCCCUUUUGUCUUCUCCUUACACGUUUUUUAACAAUUAAUAAAACGUUUGAAAUAUUAUUAUAUAAA